AUGGCGCACGCGCACGCGCAUCACAAGCAUGGCGGCCUUGUCCAGAAGCGAAGCGGGGACGAUGGCGUCAAGAUCGUCUAUGUAACGGCCCCCGCUGAUUUCGAUGGCCCCAUAGGUGGUUAUGUGACAGGCGGCGACAAACCGACGGUGGGUGUCGGUGCCCCUGUCGGAGUGCCAAAACCUUCCGACGAUGACGACAAGCCAAAGAUGACAGAGGCCAAACCGGAACCAAAACCUACGGAUGAGAAACCCAAACCGAAACCCACAGAUGAGAAACCGCAGCCAAAACCGACAGAGGAGAAGCCACCACCACCAAAGCCGACGGAAGACAAACCACCGCCAAAACCCACGGACGAGAAACCAAAGCCUAAGCCUCAAACUACCCAGGCACCGCCACCUCAGACGACUGAGUCAUCGGCUACGCAAGAGAAGACGACCUCCAGCAGAACGACAUUGUCCAUCGCUACUUCCUCCACCUCUUCGUCUUUGUCCAGCACUGGAUUGGAAGAGUCUGCUACUCAUUCAUCAUCUUCGGAUAAUUCCACUACCUCGCCGUCUGCCAUCUCCGCUGCGGAAUCGGGUCUCAGCGGAGGUGCAAAGGCGGGGAUUGCCAUCGGAGUAAUUUUGGGCGUCGGACUGAUUGCUGGCCUGAUCUUCUUCUUUUUGCGCAAGAAGAAGCGGGGCGAGAAACUGGAGGAUCUUGAUUCAGAAAACGAAAAGGCAUUUAUAGCCAACCAUGUUUCCUCUACCGGAACUCCGCUUAUGAUCGAGCCGAUGGGCUCGACCAACCCGCCUCAGCUCAACGUUCGCCCGGUGACUCAAUUUGCACCCGAUCUGUCUAGCGGCCCUCAAGCUCUCCCCGCUACUGGCGCCGUAGCUUCACCACGCAACCUGACCGGAAACUCCCCAUCGUCAAAUUCUGGUAGCGGCACGAAUCCGUUCAGUGACCCCGUCAAUCCAUUUGGUAGCCAGGGAGACUCAUCGCCUGCCAGUACAUCACAACCGGCUUCCCCGCCCAGUGGCCCUGUCGCAACUCAGGCAGUUCCUUUGUCAAAUGGAGCUCCUACAUCUGCUGUCGGUGUAGCAGGAGCUGCUUCUGCCGCUGUGGUAGCGGGAGCAGCUGCAGUAGCCGCAACUACGGCCACUCCGGGGGUGGCUGAGGAAGAUGUGCCGAGUCGUCCCGGGACCUCAACAUCUCAAACACCUUCAGAGUCUGGUCAGACUGCAACAAACCCAGUCACUGCAGACGUCGCUGCCUCUUCGCCCGCGGCUGGUGUUGCGGUCGUUCCCACAUCUGGGCCUUUGUCACCUGGUGCGGUUGGAGCUCCAUCUAAUGUAUAUCGCGUUCAGAUGGACUUCAACCCCUCGAUGGAAGACGAGUUAGAACUCCGUGCCGGCCAGCUCGUGAGACUCUUACAUGAGUAUGACGAUGGGUGGGCUCUCUGUGUCCGACUCGAUCGUUCACAGCAAGGAGUGGCCCCUCGCUCCUGUCUCUCAUCUCGUCCGGUGAAACCUCGAGCCCGUCCGCCUCCUGGAGCUGUACAUGGACCCGGCCCACGAGGUCCACCAAUGAUGGGCCCGAACGGCCCUAUACCUGCUGGGCCUCAACCUACCCGAUUCUAUCCUCAAGAGGGUCGGUCAAGGUCUCCCGCUCCCAGUCACCCGAUGUCUCCUGCUCACCCUGGCUAUGCUGGACCUCCGCGUCCUUAUCAGCAGCGCCCCAUGUCUCCGGCGCAAUUUCCCGUUCCCCGUUCAUUUUCACCAGGACCUGGACCUCGACCAGUGGUGCCACGGUCGAUGAGCCCCGGACCCUACGGACCUCCAGGGUUACAAAGACCAGAUAUACCAGCCACCCAACGACAACGAAGCAACAGUGCGGGUGCACCUGCUAGCUCUAUCCCACGGUCGACAGGGUCUCCCGGACCAAGUCCUCUAGCGGCACCGACGCCACCACCUACAGGUGCACUCCCGGCCAUUCCCAAUGCAGCCUCGGCGCCUAGCAAGGAAAUCGGUCCGGAUUAUAAUGCUCAAACCCAGUAG